AUGAGGCCUGGCGGCGAGGCUGGCCUCGGCGGCGCCGUAUCCGCGGCUGCCGCCGACGCGGCUUUGGCGGAGCAUGUCCGGGGCAUUGGGCGCGACGCCCUCCUCAGCAGUAUCUUUGCGGAGAUACAGAGGGUUGCCGAGCGCGCCUUGCUGUCAACUGGCCUUGUUCACGGGUCCGACGGCACCUGCGCACUCGACAACAUUUUCAUGGGCUGGUGUGUCCCCCAGAUCGACACGGUAGACGAUUUCGAGCACCUCGAGGCGCACGACAGGCAGGGGCAAACCUGCUGGUUCCGCGCUUGCGUUCACUCGGGAUUCUACCUGCCGCCUGAGGCUCGUGCUCGUACCGAGCCGAAGGGGCUCCGUGCGCGCGCUCCCGGGCGCGCGCCUGCCCUCGGCGGGGCGGCGCCGGAGCACGGCCCUAAGGCCUCCUACGUGAGGCUGCAGAUCCUGGGCGGCAGCAGGAGCGAGGUUCACAGGAGCCGGGUGGUGCCGGCCUGCGAGCUGCACCUGUGGGAGCUCUGCGUGGAGGAGGAGGUCAUCAUCGCGGGCCACAGCAACCGCCUCCUGCUCCAGGUCUACGGCAAGCGGCAGUGCAUGGGGGACAGGCUGCUGGGGUGCGUGGAGGUCCCGUUGCCGCAGGCACCGACCCAGCGGCCCCGCAGGCAGCGGCUGCUGCUCCGGGACGCGCCCUCCGCAGGCUGCGGGCCCCCUCUGGAGCCGGAGCUGCUCCUGGCCUGGGAGGUGUGCGAGGAGCGAGAGAACAGGCCCAGCCUCGUGCAGCUCGCUGAGAUGGGCGAUGCGGCCACGGUGGUGCGCUGCUUCGUGCUGGAGGUGAAGCUCAAGCUCGCGGGGGGGUCCCGUUCCAGGAUUGGCGUCUCGUUGUGGAGGGCGGAUUCUGCGCGAGAGGCACUGAAACCCGUCGCCGAUGCCGACGGCGAAGCCAAGCAGGACCACCAGGUUCACGAGUGGCGGUGGGAGAUGCAGGACAGCCGGGCAGCGCUGCUCGCGUACGACCUCCAGGUGGACAGGUUCGACAAGCGGAAGGGCAAGCGCUCCGGCACUUGGCGCGCCAGCCUGGGGUCCCUCAUGCGCGAGGUCGACCGCGUGCGAGGGCCUGUGCCGUUCACGGCCGAGUUCCCCAGCGCCGCGUCCAGCAGGUCGUCGAAGAAGAGCGAACCGCCCGUGGAGUUCAGCCUGGACCUGUACUGCAAGCGGCCCUGGGCGAGCCCCAAGGAGCAGCUCGAGGGCGCGGGCGCAGAGACGCCCAGCGGUGUCCAGGCCUGCGUGCUGCCGAGCCGCGCCCUGCACCCGCACGGGGACAGGCCGCGCCUGGUCUCCUACUACUGCUGCAUCGUUGCAGAAGGCCUUCCACGGCAGCACAGCGCGUAUGUCCGGAUCAUAGUGGGAAACGGCGACGCUGGGCCGCGGGAAGGCCAGGGUAAGCAGGCCGACGCUGAUGCGGACCCGGAUAAGCUUUGCCACUAUGAGUCGGACCGCAUUUUGACAGACUGGACAACCCAGCAACUCAUGUGGCGCGACAUCCAGGUCAUUCUGCCGCUGUCGGACUGUCGCGUCCGGGUGCAGAUCUGGAGCGAGGCGAGCCAGACUCUCUCAGGGUCUGUUCUAGGCCAGCAGGACGACAGGCUGGUGUGUCAGGCUGUGAUUAGCCCUGUCUCGAGCAAAGCCGACAAUUGGUACCACUGUUACGGUGGCGCUCGUGAUGCCAACAGGGCAGAGGAGGCCCGCCAGAUGGCAUUUGGAAUUAUCCACCCCGCCAGCACGUAUUGGUGCAGUGUUGGCAUGCGGUUAUCAUUUUGGCCCUCCAAUGCGCUCAGCCAAGAUGCUCAACAUUGGAGUUACCUAUCGCUAGAUCACCCUGGAUGGCAGCUCAAGGAAGAGAAGUUUAUCGGCGGUCGGCGGACUCUGACCGUGCGGCUUCAUCGUUGUCUUUACUUGAGCUCCUUGGCGGGGAGCCGCGUAACUGUGUUCGUGGAGCUCGCGGGGAAUCAUUUUGGCGGUCAGGCACCUCAGCCGCUGCUUGCGUUUCCUGGCAGCGUCAGUCAAGAAGGCGUCCUGCUCUUCCACGCCCCGACGGACCCCAGCGCCACCGGCUGCAGCCUGUGGUCUCCCCAGCCGGAGCCCGCGGCGGUCGAGCGGUGCACCCAGGAGCUGUCCGUGCGCCCGGGCGUCACCCACGCGUACGUGUACGUGGUGCAGGCGGGCUACGAGGCGCGCCCGCCGCGGAUAUUCGGCAGGAUGCGGCUGGGCCAGCCCGGUGCCACGCCCAAGUGGCAGCGGCUGCGGUUCGACGCCUCGGUGGCGGAGCUCCCGAGUGUGCGCUUCGACCGCGAAUUCGCAGGCUGCUUCCUCGGGUCGGCGGUGUUGCAGCCCGGCGCCGUGGAUCUGGACAAGGGCCGCUGGCUUCCGGAGGUCAUGAGCAGCGGUGCUUUUGGAUUUAGCCAGCCUGGGCAGACGAAGCUCUCCUGGGGUGCACGCGCGGUGGAGACAUCUCAGGGGGUCGGAGAAACAUUGUUCUAUCACAUGGAUGUGCUGGCUGCGCGUGCACUCCCACCCUCGAACGACGCUGGGCUGUGCUCUGCAGGAUAUCGCAUACACGUGGAGGGUAAAACGCUUGUCCACGACCAGAACAUCCAGGAGUCUUUGAAUCCAACGUUUUGGGACAGGGCAGUCAUACCAGUGGAGGCGGACGGCUACGGCACUCCUGCGCCACCUCUCGUGAUCACGAUCUUCGACGAUCAGGCGAGCGGUGUCAGGGAGCUCGGCAGCCUCUUCAUCAAGGACCUGCGACGGAUCGACGCCUCCUCCGUGGAGGAGCUCAACUCCCACCACAGCGCCUUCUGGUACGCGCUGGACUCCACGGCCGUGGGAGCCUUCGACCCUGGGGCCGCCACCGAUGCGCUGAGGUGCAGCCCGCGGCUGCUCGUGGCCAUCGCCUACUCGUCCGUGGACUGCCGGAGCAGCGGCGUCGCCCGCGAGCCUGCGUUCAGUCGCAUCCCCGUGCUCCACUGGACGUGCUACUGCAAGGCCGAGGGGGUCACCCUGCCCGUCCCGCGCGGCCAGCACCGCAGGAACCCCAAUUUCGAGAGCGACCGCGCAGACGCAGGGAGCAUCGGUGCGCAUUUGCAGGGGCAUAUCUGCCACGUGCCCGAGGCCUCCCAGGCCGCGGACUUGCUCCCAAGAGUUCAAGGGGUUCUGGCAGCCAGGAUGCCGCCCGGCAGGACCGCACCUCGGGAGCUUCGCACCACGGUCACGGAGCCCACCAGGAUGUUCGAGACCAUGCGAAGCCUGCGCAGGGCCAACUUGGAUGACAUGGCCAAGAUUCAGAGUAAGGACGGGCCCGGCACCAAGCUGGCAUAA